GGCACUUUCGAAAGCGCUUGUUCCUCCGCGAGCCGCGGGAGAAACCUUCGCAUUUGUUUUUUCAAUCUCUUGUUAUUGAUCCAUUUUUCCUUCAUUCUCUGGCUUCAGAAGUGGAUUUCUAGCGGAGAUUUGGUAGGAUGAUGUAAUUCUAGAUAUAUAAAUUGAGGAUUGGUUUCUAUCAAGAUGAUGGCGUUCGGGAGAAACUCAAGAAUAGACACUAGAAGGAACUCUUCAUAUUGUUCGACUGCGACCAUGGGUGUAUUUGUUGCUCUUUGCUUAGUUGGAGUCUGGAUGAUGACAUCAUCAACCAUUGUGCCGGGAGACAUGUCUUCGACAGGAACCAACUCAGAGAUGAAACAUCAAGUUUCUGAAACUGAUUUGAAACAGUUUGAGGAUAACCAAAGUGAUUUGCCUGAAGAUGCGAUAAAAGGGGAUACUAAUAGUGAUGCUAAUACUAAUACAAACGAGCCUGAUCCUGAUUCUACUUUAAAAGAAAUUGAAAAUUCAGCAAACGAGUCAAAGGAUAAUGACCAAGCAGAGAAUGCAGCCAAAGGUGACAAGGGGGCAAAGGAUUCUUGGGAUGAUACAUCAAAAGGUCAGACAUAUAAUGAUGUAAAUGGUGAGACUGAAGGUGGAAUGGCAAGUGUGGAAAGUGGGAAAUUUGAUUCUGAUGGUCAUCAGAUAAGUUCGGGUAGUGAAGGCCAAGAAAAGAACUUGGAGCAGAAUUCUGGUGAGAAAAAUACGGGAACAAAUUCAGAUGAAGCUGCUAAUGAUGCUCAGGAGAAGAGUGUGGAUCAAAGUUUUGAGGGAAGUGGUGACAAUGUGCAGGAGAAGAACAUGAAACAAAGUUCAGAUGAAACUACUAAUAAUGCACCUGAGAAAAACAGGGAACAAAAUUCAGAUGGAACUGGCAAUAAUAUGGAGGAGAAGAACAUAGACCAAAGUUCAGAUGAAACUGUUAAUAAUGGAGAGGAUGAAAACAUGAAGCAAAAUUCUGAUGUAACAGAAAGUAUCACGCAGGGGAACUCACAACAAAAAUCCAACGAAGAUGUGAAAAAUGAGCAAGAGAAGCAAUUGGAGCAGAAUUUUGAUGAAGCUACAAACAAUGAAAUGCGGCAAGAUGGGAAAGUUGGCAAGGAUGAAAUGGGUGAUGGUCAAAUAAACAACACAGGAAAUGAAAACCAAGAUAAUUCAGGUGGCAACAAUGUUGGAGACAAGCAAAAUGACCAGGCUAUGAACGAGGUUUUUCCUGAUGGGGCCCAGUCAGAGCUUCUAAAUGAAACCAAUGCCCAGAAUGGGGCAUGGUCUACACAAGCAACUGAGUCAAAGAACGAGAGGCAAGCGCAAAUAACUUCUGCUUCUUCUUCUUCAAAGCAGUCCUUUGAAUUCACCUGGAAACUUUGUAAUAGUUCUGCAAGGACAGACUAUAUCCCAUGUCUUGACAAUGAUGCAGCAAUAAAGAAGCUUAAAUCCACCAAGCACUAUGAGCAUCGGGAAAGACACUGCCCAGAAGAGGCUCCAACUUGCCUUGUGCCUCUUCCAGAUCAAUACAGACGGUCAAUAGAGUGGCCAAAAAGCAGGGGCAAGGUAUGGUUUUACAAUGUUCCUCAUACAGCGCUUGUGCAAUAUAAGGGGCACCAAAAUUGGGUAAAAGUUUCUGGAGAAUACCUUACUUUUCCAGGUGGUGGAACUCAGUUCAAAAAUGGGGCACUUCACUACAUUGAUAAGAUACAGGAGGCAUUACCUGGUAUAGCUUGGGGUAAACAAAGUCGGGUCGUACUGGAUGUUGGCUGUGGAGUGGCUAGUUUUGGAGGCUAUCUUUUUGACAGAGAUGUCAUUACUAUGUCAUUUGCUCCUAAAGAUGAGCAUGAGGCUCAGGUUCAAUUUGCCCUUGAAAGAGGAAUUCCAGCAUUCUCAGGGGUGAUGGGUACCAAGAGGCUCCCCUUCCCCGGCAGGGUAUUUGAUGUUAUUCACUGUGCUCGCUGUAGGGUACCAUGGCAUAUUGAAGGUGGUAUGCUGUUGUUGGAGUUAAAUCGGUUGUUAAGGCCUGGUGGCUACUUUGUCUGGUCUGCUACCCCAGUUUACCAAAACAUUCCUGAAGAUGUUGAGAUCUGGAGAGCCAUGUCUGCUUUGACAAAGGCUAUGUGUUGGGAUAUGUUGAUGAAAACAAAGGAUAAGCUAAACCGCGUGGGUAUAGCAAUAUAUAGGAAACCUCUCGACAACACUUGUUAUGACAAAAGAAAGGCAAAGAGCCCUCCACUCUGUCAAGAAUCUGAUGAUCCAAAUGCUGCCUGGAAUGUCCCCUUGCAAGCAUGUAUGCAUAGAUUGCCUACAAAUCCAGCUGAACGUGGAUCAAGGUGGCCAGUACAGUGGCCACUUAGGUUGGAAACAACUCCCUAUUGGUUGAACAGCUCUCAGACUGGGGUUUAUGGUAAACCUGCUCCUGAAGACUUCACAGUAGAUUAUGCACACUGGAAGUAUGUUGUGAGCAAUUCAUAUUUGAAUGGUAUGGGGAUCAACUGGGGAACCGUGAGGAAUGUCAUGGACAUGAGAGCUGUUUAUGGGGGAUUUGCUGCCGCUUUACGUGACAUGAAGGUGUGGGUUAUGAACAUCAUCUCAAUUGAUGCACCUGACACCCUACCCAUAAUUUAUGAACGUGGAUUGUUCGGGAUGUACCACGAUUGGUGUGAAUCCUUCAGCACCUACCCAAGAUCAUAUGAUCUUCUUCAUGCAGACCAUCUAUUUUCCAACCUCAAGAAGAGGUGCAAGCUAUUACCUGUAAUGGCUGAGGUAGACCGUAUUCUAAGGCCAGAAGGGAAGCUGAUUGUGCGUGACAAAGUAGAGAUCAUCAACGAAAUUGAGAACAUGGCAAAAUCUUUGCACUGGGAGGUCCGACUAACCUUUUCGAAGGAAAGUGAAGGAUUGAUGUGCCUUCAGAAGACAAGCUGGAGGCCCAAGGAGGUCGAGGCAAGCACUGUGUCGUAGGACUUUUCAGUAUGCCACUCUUCUUUUAGUAGUUCUACCUUUUUUUUUCAAUACGAGCAGAUCCUUCAUAAAUCAGUACUAAAAUUUUGUUGUUGCCGUAUUUUUUUGUUGAUAGAUUACCAUUUGUAGUGUUGUAUCAUCUACUCACCUCUGACCAUUGCAAGAAAACAACUUGCAUUGGAACUAAAGAUUGUAGGAUUUAAUAUGGCAAAAACAAACCAUUCUUGAAAUCCUCCAUAGUGUUCAAUUGUAAGUUGGUGUUUACAAUGUUUGGAAUUUGUUUUUUGUGGA